CCAGUUCAUUCUGUCGUUUUUUCACUUUUGCUUGCCCUCGAACCUUUUAAAAUGUUUACCCCUCUCUCUCUCUCUGAUUCGUCAGACGCAAGAGAAUGUCCCUCUUUUUGUCUCCCUCCCUCCCUCUCUUUCUCUCACUCCCCUCUCUUUCUCACCCCAUCUCUGAUUAGAUAUACCGAUUCCUCGUUCAAUGGACGUCAUUUAGUGCAGAGUCUGCCUUGAGUUGCUUCCUCGCUUCACGCUCGAUUUCCGACCAUUCUUCUCUUAAGCGUUCGUGUAAUAUUAAUAGUCAUGAAUAUCUACUAUUAGGAAUCCAGAAGAAGACGCAGCUCAUUGCUACUAUGCGCCUAAGCAAGGGAUCAGCUCAUUGACAGAGCGAAGCGAUGGGAUUCAAGACACUUUAAUCAGUUAUCCGCCAAAAUCUAACCGCUGCAUUUUACCAGCAAAUGAAGAACACUGGGAAUCUACCCAAACUCUGAUGGAUUAUCGUGCUUCUUCUUCACUUCUCUGAACACUGGUCUCCGUGAUUCCGACGCAGAACACAGUGCUGAGUUUCAUUCGUUUGUUUAUUUUCGCGGUUUUGUCGCCACUCGUCUUUCCCAAAUUCUCGCGUUUAAAAACGCUCGGAAAUCUUCGCAGAUGUUAGUGCACAGUUUUUCCGCGAUGGAUCGUCACGACGGCACCAGCAACGGCACAGCCAGGCUACCUCAGCUGGGCAGCGUGGGUCAGUACAGCAGCGCACCGCCGCUCUCCCACACGCCGAACUCGGACUUCCAGCCGCCGUACUUCCCGCCGCCCUACCAGCCCAUCUAUCCGCAGUCUCAGGACCCCUACUCGCACGUGAACGAUCCGUACUCCAUAAACUCUCUGCAUGCGCAGCCUCAGCCGCAGCAUCCGGCCUGGCCGAGCCAGAGACAGAGCCAGGAAAGUGGCCUGCUGCACCAGCACCGUGGCCUGCCGCACCAGCUCUGCAGGGAGUACCGCCGAGAAGUGCUGCUGCCUUCGGCUCACGGCAUUGACACUGGACUCACAGACUCGAUCCCCAUCCAUGGAAUACCUCAUUCUUUAGACGAUGUGCAGCACGUUGAAGAUCAAGGAAUUCACAUCCCUGACCAAACCGUAAUCAAGAAAGGUCCAGUUUCGUUAUCCAAGAACAGCAGCAACGUUUCGGCUAUACCUAUAAAUAAGGAUGGUCUUUUUGGCGGAGUAGUGAAUCCAAACGAAGUUUUCUGUUCUGUUCCGGGUCGCCUGUCUCUUCUCAGCUCCACAUCAAAGUACAAGGUCACAGUAGCGGAAGUGCAGAGACGCCUCUCGCCGCCUGAGUGCCUCAACGCCUCCUUGCUCGGUGGGGUGUUGAGAAGGGCAAAAUCUAAAAAUGGUGGAAGAUCCCUAAGAGAGAAACUGGACAAAAUCGGAUUAAAUCUACCGGCAGGAAGACGCAAAGCAGCAAACGUUACUCUGCUGACGUCACUGGUAGAAGGCGAAGCUGUGCAUCUUGCCAGAGAUUUUGGUUAUGUAUGCGAGACCGAAUUCCCAGCCAAGGCAGUAGCUGAAUAUGUAAACCGUCAGCAUUCCGACCCAAAUGAACAAGUCCAAAGAAAAAAUAUGUUACUGGCAACGAAACAAAUCUGCAAAGAAUUCACCGACCUUCUCUCCCAGGACCGCUCGCCUCUGGGGAAUUCACGCCCGCAGCCCAUACUCGAGCCGGGCAUUCAGAGCUGUUUGACUCACUUCAGUCUCAUUUCUCACGGAUUCGGGACGCCGGCCGUGUGCGCGGCUGUCACCGCGCUACAGAACUAUUUGACCGAGGCCAUUAAAGCGAUGGAUAAAAUGUACCUCAACAACAAUCCCAACAGCCACUCCGAGUCCGGCACUAAAGGUGGAGACAAAGACGAGAAGCACAGAAAGUGAUCUGCGACCAUUAGACCACCGCACAGAUAUUAUAAACGUAUAUAUAUUACACUAGUGAUAAAAAGGACAAUGUGCCAUUUCCCGGUCUUGACGAUUUCCCUGACAUGUUUAAUUUCUUUAAAAACCGCAAUUCAGCCUGGGAUUCAUGGAAAGACACUUUUAUCUAAAUGAGGAGAAAAAAUUGUGUUAAUGAGGUGCAGGAACCAGCUCCUGACAGGGGGCGCGUGAGCAAAGAAGAAAAAAAAAAAAACUUUUUCCACACGACUUUUAAUGAACUCCCUCUUUUUUAUGAGCUGCAACGGGCUGAAAUUUCGCCACCCUUGUCAGUUGACGAUUGUAGCCAUGUGACAAAGAAAAGAAGCUGAAAGAGGAUGAUUUUCUAUCAGUAUUGUGAAUAAUAAACUUGAAAGAGUCCCACAGUUCCAUGCCAUGUCUUCACACACAGACGGUUCACUCUGAGAGACCAACUUGAACUUUGAAUUUAAACACGAUUCACGGUUAUAUGAGGGAAUCUGUGUUCAUGUAUGUAUAUAUUUAUUUAUGUGUAAUUUAACGGGAACUGUAAAUAUGGUGCAUCUGUUGAAACUUCUUUUUUAUUUAUCUGGUGCCUCCUGUUUUAGUGGGUUUGAAUAUUCGCUUAGUUCUUUAUGUGGUUUUACGGUUCUUAGGAAACAGAAGGGUUUUUUUUUUUAAUUUCAAUUCAGCCCUCUUGUAGCAUGUUGAGGCGUCACUGAAGCAAGUGAACAAAUUUAAUAGAAAUAAACGUUUAUUUCUCUGUCUAUCCCUCAUGUCAUUUCCUUUUAAAUUGGAAAAAAAAUCACCCCGUGACUAGUUUUAUGUUUCUAUUUUCUUGAGCUUUUAUGUGAGCUUUUAUUGUGUUGUGCCAAUCAGAAUACUUUUCACGUCAUGUUCUUCCCUUGAAGCACCAUAAGAGCAAUAAAUGGAUAACCUAUUGUCUUUAAAAUUCAUUUUCUUUUUCUUUCUUUUUUAAGAAUUUCAAAACAUUUGGGACCAUCUGAUAUCUGGUACCCUAUGUCCAAUGUCGAAUUGGAGGCGGUUUUAUCUGUAUUGUGCUGGCAAUAGUUCCCAUGCCUGUCAAUGUAUUAUAGUCAUUUGUUGCCCACAAAAGAAAAUAAAUAUUUGAUACGCUUCA